UGAAAUCUGAUAAGCAUCGUGGGGACGGCGGCGACUUUUGGUUGUGUUUUUAAACAAUUAUUGCCGAUAAAGUGGGCCGGUUAUAAAAAUAAAUUAAUAAACAUUUUGCAAAAAUAAUCAGUUAACAGCCAAGAACAACCGAGAUGUCGUUCCUAAUUAAAGCAGCCGCCGCAGCCCGUCAAAUCGUUCAUAAGGUGCCCGUUCGUCAUCUGAAUCUCCUGGAAUUCCAAAGCAAAGAUCUCCUCCAGAAAUAUGGAGUGGCCAUCCAGCAAUUUAAGGUUUUGGAUAACUCCAAGGCCGAUGCAGAGGUGGUUAAUACUUUUGAGUGCCCGGAAUAUGUGGUCAAGGCGCAGAUUCUUGCCGGUGGGCGUGGAAAGGGAACUUUUGACAGCGGUUUCAAAGGCGGCGUGCAUAUUACCACAAACAAGAGCGAAGUGCUUUCGCUCACCCAGCAGAUGAUUGGAAACCGGCUGAUAACGAAACAAACGCCGAAAUCGGGAAUUCUGGUCAACAAGGUCAUGGUGGCACGCAGUAUCAACAUCACCCGGGAGACUUAUCUGUGCAUCUUGCUGGAUCGCGAGCACAAUGGACCCGUGUUGAUUGCUUCACCUGCCGGAGGCAUGGAUAUCGAAGCAGUGGCCGAAGAAACCCCAGAGAAAAUUAAGACUGUCCCCCUGAACAUUGAUAAGCCCAUUCCGGAGGCAACGCUCUUGGAGGUGGCCAAGUUCUUGGAGUUUAAGGGAGAUGCCGUGAAGCGUUGUGCCGAGGAAAUCCAGAAACUCUAUACGCUCUUCAAGGCGGUUGAUGCCGUACAGAUUGAAAUUAACCCGCUGGCGGAGACCGAUAAGGGAGAAGUGAUCUCAGUUGAUGCCAAGCUUAACUUUGACGAUAAUGCCCAGUUCCGUCAAAAGGAUAUUUUCUCCAUGGACGUCACCGAGGAGGAGUCUGAUCCCCGUGAAGUAGAGGCUGCCAAAUAUAAUUUGAAUUACGUCGCCAUGGAUGGUAACAUUGGUUGCUUGGUGAAUGGCGCUGGUUUGGCCAUGGCCACCAUGGACAUCAUUAAACUGAAUGGCGGCGAGCCCGCCAACUUCCUAGAUGUAGGAGGUGGUGUCAAAGAGGAUCAGGUUGCCAAGGCUUUUGAGAUCCUUACCGCUGAUCCGAAAGUCAAGGGAAUCCUUGUCAAUGUCUUUGGCGGAAUUGUCAAUUGUGCCACAAUUGCCAAUGGCAUUGUGGCUGCCUCGAAGAAGUUGCAACUGAAUGUUCCAUUGGUAGUGCGAUUGGAGGGAACCAAUGUGAAUCAAGCUCGAGAGAUCCUGAAAAAUUCGGGUUUGCCCAUUCAGACGGCCAGUGACUUGGAUGAUGCCGCCCACAAGGCCGUGGCUGCCCUUAAUUAAGGGUAAUUUUGAUCAAGGAGAGAAUGUCUUCCAGAUUAUCACGACGCACAUUAGCAUUUAAAACGGAUAGGCCUUUUUAAUAUAAGUUUUUAUUGACAAUAUAACCAAAAUAUAUCAUA